CUCCAGCGCGCGCCCCGCGCCCGGGACUGGGCUGGAGUCGUGCGUGUCGCUCGCAGAGAGGCAGCUGGGCGUCCAGAGCUGUGGCCGCAGCGCGCAGCUGGCAGGGAGUCUCGCCUGGCCACGCACUUGCUUCCUUUGGGGCCUCCAGGAGUCUCUUGGCACUCACCUUGGCAGCCCAGCACCAGCAGGCGCCACUGGCCUUGGCCUGGGCUGCAUUUGCCGCUACUCGCUGUGCCCGGGACAGAGGGACGCCCGCCCCAUCACGUGUGUCCAAGUCCUCCGCAGCCGGGGCAGCGUGGUUCCCAUGGUUCAAGGCUGUUGAUGGAGAAGUGGGCGGAUGACAGCCGGAACUGUGGUCAUCACUGGGGGCAUCUUGGCAACUGUGAUUCUGCUCUGUAUCAUCGCUGUUCUGUGCUACUGUCGGCUUCAGUAUUACUGCUGCAAGAAGGACGAAUCCGAGGAGGACGAGGAGGAACCCGACUUUGCCGUGCACUCCCACCUGCCGCCCCUGCAUUCCAACCGCAACCUCGUGUUGACCAACGGGCCUGCUCUCUACCCAGCUGCCACCACCUCUUUCAGCCAAAAGUCCCCACAGGCUCGUGCCCUCUGCCGCAGCUGCUCCCACUACGAGCCACCCACCUUCUUCCUGCAGGAGCCAGAGGACGACGACUUUGAGGGUGUGCGCAACGGCGGGGGCCGUGUGGCCUACAAAAGCAUCAGCCAGGAAGAUGUGGAGCUGCCGUCUGCAUCUGCGAGCUUUGGAGGCCUGCAGGCGCUCAACCCCAACCGCCUUUCUGCCAUGCGAGAGGCCUUUUCCCGGAGCCGCAGUGUAAGCACGGAUGUGUGACAGGUCUCUAUCCUGCUGAGGCUCCAGUCCCUGGGUCCUGAGAUCAUGACGGGAGACCCGUGGCAUACCCUGGCCCCAUCUUCAGACCUCCGCCUAGCCUGUCUUCCCUGUGUCCUUGUCCUAGGGGCUCCAGGAAUGGGGAACCCCUGGGCCAUCUAUGAGGAUCAAGCCCAAUGAACCUGAUAUGGCAGCUGUGAAUAGGGACAGCUGGCGCAAGAAGGGAGGCAGGGGACAGGAGGGUAAGGCAAGGCUGUGUUGGGGCCCAGGGGCCAGGUCUUAUUUCCAGGAAGUGAGAAGAUGGAUAAUGUCAACCCUAGCAACUUGUCUGUCUCUGGCUUCAUCGUCUUCCCUGUCAGUCUCUCGCCAGGCCUUGGGCUUCCUACCUGCUUAGGGGAGCAGUGGCCUCACUGGUUGCCAGUGGCCCAACAAGCAUGAACCUUCUUUAGAGACUGUGGACCAAAUAAAUAUUCUGUCCUUUCACCCUGUUUCUGCUUUCCCAUCCUUCUCUCCACCCUCUCUUCAUUCCUUCUCCCAGCUUCUGUCUCAUGCUCAUGAACCUAGAUACCAAGCAUCUGUCCCAAGUUUGAGAUGCCCAUUGCCCUGGCCUCCCUCAAGAUGGACAAGUCUCCCUGUAAGCAGGGAGAGUUUUAGUGUCAUCAGUACUUGGACACUUGCUCUAUCCACUCUGCUUUUUGCUGAGAAAAGAGGCAUAGGCACAGAGGGCCUAGCUCUGGGAGGAGUGACGCUAAUACACAUCCAGCACUUAGCCCUAACCCCAGACGAGUGACAGACACAUCCAGCUAGGUUGCAGAAACACUGGAAGUGGCCCAGCUAUGCACCAGAGGUCUUAGGUGUCGACUUGCUGUGACUCUUAGGCAGGCCAUCCCAUUCAUAGGCUUGCCUCCUCAUACAUGUACUUUGGGGGGUGAGGGGACUGGCUGCAGAAAGCCUUUUGAACUCUGGUCCUCAGCAGGUAGAGGUCCUUAGGGGAAGCUGAGCUAUAGAACAUCCACUUCUUGUUUCCUGCUCAGAAUGAGGCACCCUGGGCCCAGCCAGCCAGAGCUCACUGCCCCUUAUGAAAGUCUUGUCUUUACCUAUGCCACUCCAAGCCCUCAACUGUCUGAGAAAUUGUAUCAGGUAGCCAAGAUGCUCCAAACCCAGGGCCCUACCCAUCAGGAAUGCAGCUCUCCUGCUCCUAAAAGAGACACCAUUCUUGGCAGCAUAGCCUCAACUUCCUUUCCCCUUGGGCUGUUUUUCAUCCCCAGGCCCUGCCAUGGAGCUCCAAAUGGGAACAAGUGUCCCGUGAAGGUGCCUUCCUGUAGGACAGUGGCCACCCCUGGGCCAGAUACCACAGCAGAGACCUCCACACUUAUUACAGGCAGCUGAACAACACUAGUGAGGAUCUGCUGUCUUUGGCAUUCUGAAUUCCUUCUUCUUUUCUUUUCCUGCCUCAGUUUGGUUUUGCUAACAGAAUCCACCCUUAGAAACAGACGCCCCAGCCUACUUCUUUCCCCUCUACUUCCUUUGUCCCAUUCCAUCCUGUGGCAUCUGUCCUUUGCAUUGCUUGGGGUAUGGGUGAGAUAGGGAGGGGUGCUCUGGGCUGUUCUGUCUCUGCCUCCUAUUCCCCCUUCAUUUUUUACCCCCACCAUCUCUGUAUAGAUCCAUAGACAUCUUCAAAGUGAAUUAAGUAUCUUCCCUACCACUUAACACCAUCACGGGACCAGCCAGGGACCCACACAGCACCCUGAAAAAAGCAAAAGCCAAUAAAUUUGUUUCCCACA